AUGGUAAGAAAAUCUGAUGCUUAAAUGACAUUGUAAGCUGUUUCAAGUGAAGCGAUCUUCAUUUGUAAAUAUUGACAGGUGUUACAGUACUGACUGUCAGGCUGAGCCUUUCUUCCACUCACGGAUCUGUUGAGGUGGGGAUGGUAACUAAACCUUUGGUAUGGAUAAUUCAGAAAUUGUUUAACGCAGGCAUCUUUACUUUUCUGACACUCGGACAACGCGCACAUUGUUAUUGACGUCCUUAUAAUGCGUUUAAAACGCCGAAUGGAAAAGUAACCAUCACUUCAGCGUCUUAUUCCCUCCGAGUUGCGAACAGCCAAAAUGACAAGCAACGGACCUGUCAUCGUUUACGAGUGGCUGAAGACCCUCCAGCUCGCCCAGUACGUCGAGGCUUUCGUGGAUAACGGAUACGACGACCUGGAAGUCUGCAAACAAAUCGGAGACCCCGACCUGGAUGCCAUCGGCGUCUACAUCCCUCACCACAGGCAGAGGAUCCACGACGCGGUAAGGAGGCUGAAAGAUGAAGCUAACGAGACGGCUAGUGGACUCUACUUCACCCUGGAGCCCAUGCCACCCGCGGCCGAGAUUUACACCAGUCACAUGGUGGAUCAGUAUGAGUCCAAACUGCGGGGAUCCAAGUCGUGGACCGAGCCCAACAGUGACCGGAUUGGGCGCAACGGUGGGUACAUGGGCGCGCAGAGGAACCUGACAUUGGGCAACAGGAGGGAGCUGGUGAUUUACCCAAAGCUGAAGCUGAAGAUCAUGAUCAGGGAUAAGCUCAUCAGAGAUGGCAUCAACCUGGCCAAGCCGCCCUACUCUAAUAAGGAUGGUUCUCUUGGCAACAUAGAUGACCUUGCCCAGGAGUACUCUGAGUACUACAACACCUGCUUCAGUGACGUCAGCGACCGCAUGGAGGAGCUACGAAAAAGACGAGUGUCCCAAGAGCUUGACAUGGAGAAACAGGAUCCAAGCAGCACAUCCCUGCAGCUCCGUACUGAGAUCCAGGAAUCAUUAGGCUUCAGCAGUGAGGUAUCCACUCCAGAAACAGACAGAAAAAUGCCCCUGCACAAAUCCAGCUCUGAAGAUGGAUCUGGAGGUAAAUGGGACAAUAAGAAGAAGAACAAGUCUUUUUGGCAGAACUUCCGCAAGUCUCAGCACAAACCAGUCGUGCGACAGACCUCCAAAGGAGAAGACAUCGGCUACGUGGCCAGUGAGAUCACCAUGAGUGAUGAGGAGCGAAUCCAGCUCAUGAUGAUGGUGAAAGAGAAGAUGAUCACCGUUGAAGAAGCUCUGGCUCGGCUGAAGGAGUAUGAGCGCAGCAGACAGUCCAGCAGUUCUGACACUGCAGAGUGGGCUGACGGAUCUGCAGCCAAUCUAAACCAGUCCUCAAACUGCAACUCUCGUGAGCAGUCAGACGAUGAGCAAUCAGAGGACUCUGUGAAGUUCAAACGGCUUCACAAGCUGGUUAACUCCACACGCCGGGUCAGGAAAAAACUCAUUAAGGUGGAGGAGGGCAAAAAACAUGGUUCUGAAGAUUUCCUGAAUCUGGAGUCACCUCCCACCUGUGAGGACAACACAGCUCUGUACACAGGGGUCUUAAAGAAGCCCCCUUUGCCCCAGGAGAUCUCCCUGCCCUCCCUCACCCAGGAUCAACUCUCUCUGGAUGGCGACACAGACAGCCUGACUAACUCCCCUUCCUCCAGCAGCCUGGACACCUGGUCCGGACACAAGCUGGUGAAAACCUUCAGUAAAUCUUCCAGUACUCACGGCCUCAUCCGACCCCCCAGGAGAACCCCGGUUGGUUCUGGGGGCCUGGGAGGCUCCGGCGCAGGAGGUAGUGGCUCCUCCUUCUCAGAGCUGGAUGGCUGUGGAUUGGACGACGACGGAAAGCUGUCACGCUCCACGACCGACGGCGAGAUGCGGAAGGCGCUGAGCUCCAUCUCCCAUGGGAGAACGUGCAGCUUCGGAGGCUUUGACCUGUCCAAUCGCUCGCUCCAUGUGGUCAACACUGGCUCGGAGGCCAACAAUAAAGAACAAGAGGCUAUUUACAGAGAAGUGGUCAAAUCCCCCACCACGUCUCGGAUCUCACUCGGCAAGAAGGUCAAAUCGGUCAAGGAGACGAUGAGGAAACGCAUGUCAAAGAAGUACAGCAGCUCCUUGUCUGAGCAGUCCAGUCCAGAUGGAGCUCCUGGCUCCCCUCAGUCCCCUCAGCCCGACACCGACUCUCUAGAGAAGCCCAAGCUGAAGGCAGGAGGCUCAGUGGAAAGUCUGCGUAGUUCACUCAGCGGACAGAGCUCAAUGAGUGGUCAGACAGUGAGCACAACUGACUCGUCAGCCAGUAACAGAGAAAGCGUGAAGUCAGAGGAUGGUGAUGAUGAAGAGCCACCUUACAGAGGGCCGUUCUGUGGCCGCGCCCGAGUCCACACAGACUUCACCCCGAGCCCCUACGACACUGACUCCCUCAAACUGAAGCGUGGUGAUGUGAUUGACAUCAUCAGUAAACCACCCAUGGGAACGUGGAUGGGGCUGCUGAACAACAAAGUGGGCACCUUCAAGUUCAUCUAUGUGGACGUGCUAAAUGAAGAAGAGGAGAAGCCGAAGAGGCCAGUGAGGAGAAGGAGGAAGGGCCGACCGCCAAAACCCACAUCAGUGGAGGACCUGCUGGAGCGCAUCAACCUCAAGGAGCACAUGCCCACUUUCCUGUUCAACGGCUAUGAGGACCUGGACACAUUCAAGUUGCUGGAAGAGGAGGACCUGGAUGAGCUGAACAUCAGAGACCCUCAGCACAGAGCCGUGCUGCUCACCGCUGUAGAGCUGCUGCAGGAGUACGACAGCAGCAGUGAUCCAGAGCGCAGCGGCCUGUCGGGCUCCCAGGAGAAGCUGCUGUCCGAGGGCCGAGGCCUGGUGGGAGACUCCCCGCGAGACUCCGGGUGCUACGAGAGCAAUGAGAACCUGGAAAAUGGUAAGAGCAGGAAGGCUUCCCGCUCCAGUCGUUCUUCAGCGGGCCUCCAGUCUCCGGAUUACCCCACUCUGCCCAUGACUCUUUCAACAGAGGCUCUGCAACAGAACAACAAGAACCAGCGCACAAAGUUCCCCAAAAGCUUCUUCAUCAAACCCUCGCUGAAGGGCUUCAACCUGCUGGGGCUGCGCAAAGCCCAGAGACGGUCCCCGAUCCCAGCUAGCCGUAGCUGUGAGGAUCUGGAUGGACCUCCACAGCCCACGGGACCCUGGAAGCGCUCCCACUCUCUGGGGGAUCUGCACUGGGAGCAGAACAUGGAGCAGAAGGAUCUGGGUGUGGAGCUUAAACUCACCAAGGAAGCACCCAAAUCAGGCAACAGUAGCCCCGCCAAGGUCUGUAGAGAUGACGGCUCAACGCAGAAUGGGACUCCAACAGUGAGCCCAAAAGGAAGGGCCGACAGACCACCUGUGCCCUCUCAGCUGCCUCUUCGCCCCACUUGUCCCACACCGCAGUCCCCUGACCCUCCAGAGCUCCUGUCCAGUCCAACUCCAAGUCCCCCUGAUUCCAGCGGGGAGAGGGUCAUCCGGACUCACCCCAAAAAGCCUCCAGUCCCUCCUCCUGUUCCUGCCAAGAAGUCAAAGGAAAGACUAGCCAACGGCCUGCGUCACCCUCCUCUCUCCCUGCCUUCCUCACCGUCACCCACUCCCUCCCCUACCCACUCCCUCACCCGUUCUCACCCCAGUAGCCCCGUAAUCCGCAGCCCCAGCUUUGGCGCCCCAGCUCUGCCUGCCAAGACCCCGAGCACUCCUGCCAGCCCCUGUGCCACCUCAUCCGCCUCAUCCUUGGGCGAGGAGUCAGGCACUCCACCAGCAGUUCAGCCCCCGUGGUUUUCAGAUCUGGGGGGAAAGGUAGCUGUUGCAAGGAAGGUUUCUCAUGCAAAGAUGAGUCCCGACCUGUUUACCCUCCUGGAACAACGGCUGGAGGCUGAGGGCAUCGAUCUGACGGAGGAGCCCUACUCUGACAAGCAUGGCCGCUGCGGCAUCCCCCAGCCGCUGGUUCAGCGUUAUUCUGAGGACUUGGAACAGCCUGUCAAGGACGUGGCCUCCACCUUGGACCAGCUCAGAGUGAAAGAGCUCCGUAAACAACACCGCAUGGCUAUUCCCUCUGGAGGUCUGACAGAGAUGUGCCGGAAGCCUCUGCCCUCAGGUAACAUCAGCACGGUCUCCGACUGGCUCACCUCCAUCGGCCUGCCCAUGUACGCCGCAUCUCUUGCAGCGGCAGGAGUCGACACACUGAAUCGUGUGGCCUUGUUAACAGAGAGCAGCUUGUGGGAAGCUGGGGUGCGGGAUGAAAGACACGCCCGCCGGCUGGUCAGCGAAGCACGAUUGGUUGGUUCGCAGAGAGAGGUGCAGUCCUAACCGUGUCAGUGGAAUCGUAUAAAAUAACAGGUAUCAACUCACUGGUCAGCACCAUCUCAUUUAAACACGGUCAGUAGGCGGCCGAGUGACCACAGCACUACAGUACUUCCUGUCUCGCAUGUAUCAAAAGACUUGAGCCACCCUGCUCUCUGAUUUCCUCUCUUUAUCACUCUAUUCUCAAAUGUUUACGGCUUUGAGGAGUUUCUCCCAACAGCCAAGACGAGAUAUCAGAUGCCUUUUUAAAAAAGAGACUGUUGACUCACUCUGUGGGAUGGCUUUCACUCUGAAGACACCCCUCAAAGUCUUAAAACAAAGACUUGGAUCUGCCUUGAAGGAAGAUAGCACACUCUUUUGUAGGAUGGAUGUUUUUUAAAUACAGAAAGGACGGUUUACUUCCUGCAUAUUUCAUAAGAGCUUAAUUUUAAUCCUUUGCGGCAAGGCGACAUUAUCUGAGGGUCUUUUACGGAAGUAGCUCGGCCAAAGUGAUUCACUCCUCAUUCAGCGUUUCAUUCCCACUAAUAGGUUCAUAAUGGCAGAAUUCACUUAAUAUCUGGACUUUUAAUCAACUAAACACACCAAACUAUGAGUAACUGGUGGUUUUGAGAUGGCUUAUUUUGUAUCAUGAUUCUGUAUUAUAACAUAAUCUUAAUUUUAAAAUGAUUUAUAUGUUAAAACUUGUGUUUGCCUUUUGAAUGUUGCAGCCUUAUUUUGAGGCCAGCUCUCAGUCAUUUCUAAGCUGAAACAGCUGACAUCACACCUUUAUAUUUCAUAUUAUACCUUAUUUCACUGCAUAUUGUGGAUGCAUGCCCAGCGCCGAUAUGAAUAUAAGUCUUACAGAAAGCUGUUCUACUUCAGUAAUCACAAUCAGCUUUCACAGUAACAAUACAUUCCCCAUGCAUCCAAGCACACUUUAAGUUGCCUUACCAUUACAAAUGAAUAGCUUCAUCGUAUGUAUAGUAUAGGCUAUACCAGGCUGAACUGUGCUAAAGGUGCGAGCCUCUUUGUUCUGAAUGUGUCUGAGAAAUAAUUGAGAUUUUAUACACACUCAACCACAUCAUUUCAGCCGCACGCAUGGACUUGGACCACAAAACAUGCCUCUGAUGGACUGCGGUUUCUAUAGAUGAUGAAAACCACAAACCCACAGGCACAACACAGACGUCGUCCCGUGUUUGACAUCCCCUGUUCAACAGAUUCACUGUACAUGCUCCAUGCAAAGGGUUGUGGGACAAGAGAGGGAGGAGAAAAUUGUUCCAAAGACACAGCUGACAUCUGGGCUGUCAUAUCUGGAAUUUAUUGGACUGUCUACACUUUGGUUACAGUGUCGAGGAAUUUGAUUUACAGCUGGAUAAUAAGCUGUUUGGGGCUUUUUAAAAACAUUAUACUGUAUGCUGUAAUCAGUGCCGGUCUGAAAUUCUUAAUUGGACUUUUCUCAAACACACUGAGGAUGGAUCAAAGACUGUAUAUAAAGAUGGACGACGCUUCCCCACUUUACCCCCAGGGUACAAAAAAGAAGACAACACUGUGUUUAUCUUUCUGUGUCCCCUCUUUUAGUUUGGAGGUUUUUGCAUGUGAGUGGAUACAGUGCAGGCAGAGCUCUCCACCAAAUCUUUUUUUCCUCAGCUGCGGUUUAUGACUUGCAGGGUUGAUCUGUCAAUCCAUUUAGAGCUGAUCAGAUUAGAUUCAUGGCUAAGAGAAGCAGCUGCUGCGAGUGAAUGCAAACUUGUAUGACCCAGCAGAAUGAACAGUCAAGUUACAUCUCAAUGUGUCCGAUGCUCUGCUGCUCCAUCAAUGCCCAGAGUGCGUACUGCAAUCCGAGAGGUGUGAUGCAAAACCAAACGGUAUAUAUAUUUCACCAGCGCUCUAAAUGAAUGGUCCAGCUGUAAAAAUAGAAAACUUAUCUGUGGCAGCAGAUGAUUUAAACCUGGCAGUCCACCACAGAUAAAUAAAUGAAUGGGAAACCCUGACAAAAUAUUUCAGAUAAAGGGGCUGCCAUCUUGCACUGCUGAUGUCAUUUUGACCCUGAGUCUGCACAGUUGAUGAUGAUCUCUGCGGUAUCCAGAUUCCCAUACAAUCAUGAGCAGUGCCAUUGAAAGCGAGCAAACCCAUUGGCGCACACGGCUGUCAGUCAUGAUGUCAAAGCCCCUUUUUAUAGCAUCAGCUAACUCAAUAAAACUAAACUUAAAAGAAAAACAAACACUUGAACAAACAAAAGGAUGAGGAGGACUACCUAACAUUAAAUUUGUAUGAUGUGUACUUUGAGUCCAUGUCCCAUCCAGUAACAUGGAGGGGGCGGGGUUUUUGAUUUAACCUGCAGACAGCCAACCAGGCGGUGAUCAAGAUGUUAUGGUUUCAUUUCGAGGGAGCUGUUAUGAUGUCCAUCAUUAUAUACAGUCUAAAUUGGUGUUAAGAUGGUAAAAGUUAUAUCAGGUGAAAAGUUGACCUCCAAGGUCAGCAAACACUAUGACACUAAAUCUUGUAAAUCAGGGAAAUACAGCAUCGGGUCAUCUUGUUACAAAUAUUUUAGUCUGAAAACACAACAGAAAACAACCGGAAACUCAUUGCUCUUUCAUUUGUGCACUCUGCAUGAAUUGGAGCUAACAUUUGUGUUUUUCUCUCUUAUUUGUAACAGUAAAGUUUUAUCUUUAAUUCUCAGAACUGAACUGAAUAUUCCAUGGAGUUCAUGUUUAAAAAUUUGACCAAGUGUUAUUACUAAAAUUAUAGGAUUUUUUUGGAGUGGGCACUUAAUAAGUUGAUGUUUGAUGCCUUUUUUCCUCUUCAAUCAAAAGUGGUGCUCUGAGAAAGCGAGGGUGGGGGUCAUUAUUUAAAAAAAACUAAAAGACCCAAGAAGUGUUUUGUAAAGAAUGAAAAUACUGACACUGUAAAUGCACUUUAGAGGGUAAAUCUAGCUGUUUUAUAGGCGGAAUUGGCUACAUUUUGUUCACAGGUCCAUAAAUGGACAUUCGUUGUCAGGUAUCGUAAAGGGUUUCAGUGGGUUAUGCUGGUAUUUUAUUUUAGUUUUGAGUUCCCAAUGCCAAGUUUGAUAACCAUUCACGGGUUCCAGUUACUCACUUCCAGUUUCUUUUUUGCAGUCGUAUAAAAAAUAAAUUCUUAAUUACAUAUAUGAAAUGCUUAGCAGAAGUUGCACAUUCUGUAUAUGUAAUUGAUAUUUAAAUAACUUAUUUUUGCUUUUUUUCAUAUCAACUGUAAUUAGCUGUACUAUAUGAAUAGCAAUACCUUCCUGCAUAAUGCAUAUUGCUUUAGCCAGUGAGGAACUACAGUAUGUAUUGUAAAAUAUGUGUACAAAUUAUUUUAUUUGGUUUUCAUCUACCUAAUGAUUGUCCAUACAGAUUUGCUUGUGUAUUGAAACAACAAAAGUAAUGUCCAUAACUAUUUGUCAUUCUGAAAUAUAAUAAAAACUGUUUC